GAAACAUACAGACGACCUUUUUUUUUGUAAAUACUUAAACAUUUUUAUAGAAACUCCGAAUUAAAAUGUCAUGGUUUGGCGGAGGAUUAAGCAAUUUACAGGGAAAAAUUUCCUCUUUUACAGCCCAAGUUCUUAACGAAGUAGCCGAAAGCGUUCAAGAGAAUGACAACCAACUAACCCUAGAACAGGCAGAAGAAGUUGCUGGUACCACAGGUGAAAUUUUUCAAUUAAAAAAACAGAAUGAGGAAUUGAUUUCAAUCAACCGUGAAAUUGAAUCACAGCUUUCAACACUUUCACGGCAAUACCGCAAUCUUCUCAGCUCCUCUAAGGGCAAUCAUGAGACGAUCACGAGUGCUAGCGUGGAAGGGCAAAACGAUCAUCAAUCCCAGGUGGUCGAGUUGUCGUGGCAAAAAGACGUCCAGCAGUGGUUGAAAUCGCAAGGUCUCGAGUUACCUCCAGCUCUCAGCGAGCGAAUAAUAUCCAACCGAUUAAAUAGAGAUGGACCUGGCCACGACGAAGAAGAUGAGGCAUACACAUUCCUUAAUAAAAAAGUGGCCUCGCUUGAAGAACAGUUAGUUGAUCUGGAUCAACAGCACCAAGCGGCCCUUGAAGUAGCUGUCACCAGCAGGGACCAACUCAAGGAAGAAAAUCGACAGCUUCAAUUACAGUUGAUGCAACUGCUCAACGAUAGACAGCAAGAACAACAGACUAAAAGUGGACCAUUGUUUCCAAUUCAUGAAGAGUUCGAAGAGGUGGAUGUCGAACUUGCCGUUGAUACAAAGCCAGCGACGGAAGAUGACAUCAAAAGGCUUGAAGACGAUCAAAAUAGUUUCCGACAAGAAAUCUUUCAAUUUCAACAGCAAUUUCAAGCUAUGAGCGAUAGUCUAAAAGGAUUUGAAUCAAUUCAGUUCGAAAAUGAUAAACUGAAGCAAGAGAUUACUGCUUUACGGGAAACUGCCUCUAAAUGGGAAUCAAAUUGCCAAGCGAAGGAAUUGCGGUUAAAUGAAGAAAACACCGAUUUGAAAGCGAAAUUUGAAGCUCUCCAGAGUCAAAAUCAGAUCCUUUCUUCCAUGACGUCGGUCCUGGAUCGAGUCACGAAUGAAAAUCGGCUUCUCGAAUCCAAUCUUGAAUCAGCCAAUGAAACUGUUCAGGUCAAAUCUGAUCUCAUUGAACAACUCAAAGCUGAAUUGCUCAGCCUACAAACCAAACAGCAAACGACAAUCCCCCCCUCCUUGGUUCAAAAUGAUGCCACCACAGAACCUCAUUUGGACUGGCCAGACAUCCAGAGGCAGAUUGAUGAAAAAUGUCAACUUCAAGCCGAGCUAGAAGAACUGAAGGCUCAAACAUCAUCGGAGACAAGUCGAAUUGAAGAGCUGAGCAAAGAAAACGAAAUUCUGGCCCAGCAAAUGUUAGAAGUUCGAAAAGCUUUCGACAGUUGCCAAAUCAAGAUGGAAGAAGCUGAAGCGACCCGACUGAAAUUGGAAACGGAUUCAACAAAGAAUCAUUGCGAACUAAUGUUAUGUAAGUCCGAACUAGAACGAAUCCAAGAAGAAAAACGGCUCCUGGAAUCAAAUAUCGAUUCCUUGAAUCAAGUUCUCACUGUUCGCCAAGAACAAGUUGACCAUAUACAAAUUGAACGGCAAAAUUUCUUGGAGGAACUGGAGAGAUUGCGGGGCUUCCAAGAAAGUAACAAAAUAGAAGCCAGCACAGAGACAAACUCUGACGAGCAAGACAUUCAAACUUUGACUGAGGAAAAUCUUUUGCUUCAAGCCAAAAUAAAAGACUUGUGUCGUCAACACGAACAAGAAUUCAGUACUCUAAAGCAUUCCAAUGACCAGCUCAGCCAACGAUUAGUUGAAUACGACGAAGCCGCGAAGAAAGCUCAAAUCCACGUAGAAGAAGCUGAAGGCCGUCGGCUGGAUUUGGAGGCAAAAUUAGGUCAACUUCAAGACGAACUCGAUGUGGCAAGGAAACAAUAUGACGAGCUAUCCAAUAGCAAUGCUGUUCAAGAUGAGGUAGUGUCUCGGUUGCAAUCCGACCUUGAAGAAUAUCGUCUUACAUUAUCUGAAACUCGCGAUCUCUGCGAGAAGGAAAGUAGACGGAAUGAGGAACUUAGUCAACUUUGCGACGUAAAAACCAAAGAAGCACAGAGGUUACAAGAAGAAAUAGAAAUUCUUCAUACGCGUCAACUUGUACUGGAAGAAGGGAAGAACCGUAACUCUGAUUUGGAGAAGCAAAUACUGGCUCUAACGAAAGAGAUUGAAAUCAAGAGCGAAGAAAUGAACCAAAUAGUUGAACAACUGGAACUCAUCCGUAGGGAGCGAGACGACCUUAACAGAAAAAUAUCGGAAUCGAAUACGGAGAAGGAAGGACUUAGAGAAACUAUACAGGCAUUCCAGCAACAACGGGAACAGUUAGUACAAACUGUUCAACAAAAACACCAAGAAGCUGUCAAUUAUCAUGCUGAAACUCUACGUUUGGCCAAAAUAUGUGAAGAACUUCAGAUAAGGUUGAACGAGCAGAAUGAGUUGGAACAGGAAACAGUUCGCCUGAGGUCGGAAGCUGAAACCUUCAAAUCAGUUGUUGCCCAAAAGCAAGCAGAGAUCGAACGGCUGAGAAGCCAUCUCCUGAGCGUCGAAGAGACGUACACCCAAGAGCUGCUGAAAAGCCAAACGAAGGAAAAGACUCUCAGAGAAUCGCUUCAGUCGGCUGAAGAGAGGGCAACAGAGCAAUGGCGAUUAGGAGAUCAGCUAAAUGUUUGGCAAGACAAGUAUCGGCAAUGCGUUACUGACAAAGAUCGUCUGGAAAAAGAAAAAGUGGAUCUAGAAAAAUCGUUGGACCGGCUUCAACAUGCCCUACAACAGCUAACUCGAGAAAGAGAAAGAGACAUCGUUUUGGCACAAAAAGAAUUGGCGCAAAAACUGGCGUUCGCGGAGAGCCUACAAAAUGAAAAGGACAGCGAGAUGAACAUGCUUCGACGGAAACUCUCGGAGGCACAACUAGGAUUGGAAGCAGCGGGUAGACUAACUCAGCAGUUGGACAAAACAACCGCCGCUCUGGCAACUGCCAAACAUGAAGUGCGGACUAAAGAAGCUGAACUAGCUCACAUCCGCCAUCAGAUGGAGGAAAUGCGGAGUGGCACCGAUAGCAAGGUUGAUAGAUCGCUGGUUAAAAAUCUUCUGAUGGGUUACUUCUCUGCCCCUUCAGCCAAAAGUCGGAUUGAAGUUUUGCGAAUUAUUGCAACAGUUAUGGAUUUUUCAAACGAAGAGCGCCGAAAAUCAGGAGUUGAAGAAUCCUCAUCCGGGUUGAGCGGAUGGGCUACUGGUUUGUUGAAAAUGACUACUAGAUCAAGGACAUCUUCUGGAAACUCCAGCACAGGAGAUGGAGAGAAGUCAUUGUCGGAGGCGUUCAUCAGCUUCUUAGAAACGGAAUCGACACGUCCAAGUCCACCCAAACUGCCUUCCCAGAAAGUUGAUGGUUCUCCAUCCCAAACGAAAUUAAAUAACAGUAUGGCGGAAUUCCAGCCUGGUCGGAAUGAGCCAACGAUCUUAAGAGACGUACUUCGUGACACGGAAACUUAAAACAUCAUGGCCCAGAUACAUCAAUUGUACAUUGUUUGCUGAUAACGAAUAUAAUAAAAUUUAAAAUGCUACACAAA